CAACAGCAACUCUCCACCUAUUUAAACCCCCCAAAAUCCCCCAUUCCUCUCCACCUCCAAAUCCACCACCCAAAGCUCCUUUCCCUUCACUUCCCAAUCUCUCAAUACCAAUUCUUCUUGGCCCAAACUCCAUCAUGUCUAAGAAUAUCACCCUUGUGUUGAUAGCCCUCCUCCUCUCUGUGUCCCUGACCCAAGCUGCCAGGCCUGUCCCUGUGGAUCCUAAGCAAAGCUCUCUUGAGGCUGUGGAGCAGGAGAUGCCUGAGAAAGUGGAAGGAUGUGAGGGGCUUAGUGAGGAGGAAUGCUUGAUGAGAAGGACUCUGGUUGCCCAUACUGACUACAUCUACACCCAGGGGAAGCACAACUAGGGGGACUUCUAGUUUUUGGCUGCUCUGCCUUGUGGGUUUUGUUGCUAGAAUGAUGCUUACCUUUUGUAAACCCCAGCUGGGAUCUUGUAGAUGUUAUCUACCAAAUAAUGGUAGAAUUUAUUUAAAUGGGCUUCUUGUGUGUGUGUGUGUGUUUCUGCUGUUCACUUAUUUUUGCUUUUGCUUCAUGCAUCCUUGGGUUCUUAUUCUGUUGGGUCUGUGUUUGUAAGCUUUGACUGUUUUUUUGGAGUCAAAAAGGGGGAGAGGUUGUUCAGUUCUGCAAUUCCUGCAAUCUAUCAGUUACUUUAGGAUUUUAUUA